GUGCAUUUUGUCCAUUUAAGGUGACAAAUUGGGCUUUCCUUUUCAAACGAUAGCAUCAGAGCUCCCACAUAAGGCUUUUAAAAUAGAAUGUUAUUGUGGACUCGAUUUUAGUAAAGCCCUAAUUUGAGCUUGGAUUGAUACGCUAAAUUGGCCCAAUACAAACAUUCACCGAGCAAAUGUUACAUUCCUCGUACCUUCUCAUUUCGUCAUUUCGACAACAAUUUCUUACCAUAUAUAUUCGCCCCCAAAUCAAUUUGAUCGAAAUCGAUUCAGAACUCCAGAUUGAACCCUAAUUUGAAUCUCUCUUUUCAGAAUUUGGAUUCACAUUCAUAAUGAAUUUCUUCAAAUCCAUUUUAUCAGAUGAACCGGACCCCCCGAAGCCGGUCAAGAUCCAUGAUUCCGGCCCCGAUUCUGCGGACGAUGGAGCUGAGGAAACCGACGAUGAGAACGACUCCGACGAGAUUUCCGAUGAAAAACCUAUUGCCGUCAGUGAUGGUUCUACUCCUGGCUCUGCUGCGAGUGUCGGUGGAUGGAGCUUCGGUGGUUUGGUGAAGACCCUCGCUACUCGAUCCGAGUCGGUGCUGGAGACUUACCGCCGGGAUCUGCAGGAGUUCGGGUCGGGUCUUAGGAAGGAAACUGAAAUCAUCCGCGAAGUGGCGAGCCGGGCCGUGAAGGAACUCCCAUCUUCAAUCGAGGUUGGUGCGUCGGUAGCUCAUGGAUCUCUGGAAUCAGUUAGCCACGCCAUAGAUGGGGUCAUCAAAUCCACGGCCGGAAUUAUCUCGCAAGGUAUGGAGGCUACUGCAGCUAAUGCAUACUCUGAUGUCGAAUCCGAUACACCUGAUACUAGUAAACUGUCAAGUUCCGGUAGGUAUAGCCGGUUUGAUGCGCAAUUGAAUGCGAUUCAAAGUGAUAUGAAUACUUUUGUUGAGGAUCCUGAGGAUUCUGAGGACUAUAAAAACUGGAAAUCAGGGUUUAUUCUUGCUGAUAAAGGUGAAGAGAUUGCGAAUUUGAUUGGAGAAAAUGGUGCUUUGGAAGGGGUUUACUCAAAGGUGGUUGUCCCCAAUGUGGUUGACAAGGAGACGUUUUGGUGUCGAUACUUUUAUAGGGUGCAUAAGCUCCAGCUUCAAGAGAGUAAAAGAGCCAGUCUUGUGAAGAGGGCGAUUUCUGUUGAUGAUGAUGAGGAGCUUUCUUGGGAUGUAGAUGAUGAUGAAGACGACAAUGAGAACGUGAAGUCAAAAGGGGAUGAGGUUGAAAAGAGAGCAGUGUCUGCCUCAAAUGCAGAGAGUGCCAAUGACAAGUCGCAAAGUUCGAAUUCAGCAUCUGGUAAUGCCAGUGGAAGUGACGCAUCCACAGUUGAACAUGCAAAGAAGGGGGAUCAAACAGUGCAGUCUAGCGAGUCCAAUGAGUCGAGUAAGGUAAGUCCUCCCGAAGAAGAGAAAGUAGAGAUUGUAAAUGAUAAUUCUCAAGUCCAGAAUGUAGAGAAAGUAACCGAGGAUGAGGAAAAGCCAUCCUCUUCAGAUGCUAAGGGUGGAGAUCAUGGUGAAUCAGGUAAAGACAGUGAUAUUUCAGUUGUUUCAAGCCAGCAGUCUGUGCAUGAGGAGCAGGACUUAGAGUGGGAUGAGAUCGAGGAUAUAGGGAGUGGAGAUGAGAAGAAACCUACUCAAGGUGUGAGCCCAAAUAGAGCUGAUGUGAGGAAGCGGCUGAGUACUGCAGACGAAGAUGAAGAAUUGACUUGGGACAUUGAAGAUGAUGACUGAUGUGUGAUUGUUCAAUGCACUUGAAAACUUGGAUACAGAAGAUGCAAAGCGCCUGAACCAUGGAUAUGAAUGGAACUCAAAGUACAUGAAAAAGCUUAUACUGAACUGGAGCAAUUGUUUUUAUUCUUUUUCUUAAAGUUUUACUUGUUGUAAUUCACAAAUUUGUUGGUGGAUAAGUUCCUUUCACUGUGUUUGUGAUUGAAACUGUGAAUGUUUUCCACCUGUUUGUGGUCUUUAUUCAAUGAAAUCAGCAAACAUGUUCAUAAUACACUUCUUUUUGUUCUUUGUUCAGUGAAAUGCCUGUUGAAAAUUGCUCUGAUGCAUCUUUUGGUACUUCAUCUGUAACAUUGGUGAGAGUAGACCUUUAUCCAAGUGAUCAUCCAUUCAUGAUAAACCUUUCUGGGAGGGAGUUUUGUUAAAGUUGGUAAAUUAACCUGAGUUUAACUAUUUUUUCUUUUGAUUUUUUGCUUCUUUCUUUGGGACGUUGCUGAUAAGUAAGGACAUUUAUUUAAUGAUGAA